AGGAAGGGCCGGCUUGGGCAGUGCAAGCUCAGUUAGCCUGCCACCACGCUGGAGAUUUGGUUUCCUUUUUUCCUCCGGAGUUUACGAAGUGAGACAAAAAAGCAAUUCCUGCUAACCUCUUAGACAAUGCAUGGGGCUCUUGACUCUAUUCCAGGAAGUCGGUUUCAUCAAGGUAACAGAUCACCGAGACCAGAAAGGAGGCUGGGGACGCCGACAGGGACGUGGCAUUCAGGCUCUCCAGGAGGCCCGGGGGCCCGCUGUGCCUAUCGCUCCCCGCCCCCCGGCUGCACCGCCACUUCAAUGCCCCGCAGGUCGCGGGCUGCGGCUCUUCCCAAGGCGGCGGAGGACCAGGGGCGCCCGCGUCACGGCUGACUCGGACCCGCGCCGACAACUGAACCGCGCGCGGGCUCUUGGGCACCCGCGCAGGUGCGCCCAGCGCGUCCCCGUGCGCUCCAGCCCGUUUCAGGCCCUCGAAAGGCAGCCCCGGCCAGGAUGGCCCCGGGCCGGGCGGUGGCUGGGCUCCUGCUGCUGGCGGCCGCGGGCAUCGGAGGGACGGCGGCGGGGCCCGGGCUCGCCUUCAGCGAGGAUGUACUGAGCCUGUUCGGCGCGAAUCGCAGCCUGUCGGCGGCGCAGCUCGCGCGCCUGCUGGAGCAGCUGGGAGCCGCCCCCGCGGAAGGUGUCGCGGAGCCCGGGCAGCUGCACUUCAAUCAGUGUCUAUCAGCUGAAGAGAUCUUUUCCCUUCAUGGCUUUUCAAAUACUACCCAGAUAAGCAGCUCCAACUUCUCUGUCAUCUGUCCAGCAGUCUUACAACAACUGAACUUUCAUCCUUGUGAGGAUCGGCCCAAACACAAAACAAAACCAAAUAUUUCGGAAGUUUGGGGAUAUGGAUUCCUGUCAGUGACCAUUAUUAAUCUGGCAUCUCUCCUCGGAUUGGUUUUGACUCCAUUGAUAAAGAAAUCUUAUUUCCCUAAGAUUUUGACAUUUUUUGUGGGUCUGGCUAUUGGGACUCUAUUUUCAAAUGCCAUUUUCCAGCUUAUUCCAGAGGCUUUUGGAUUCAAUCCCAAAAGUGACAACUAUGUUGAGAAGGCGGUUGCUGUGUUUGGUGGCUUUUACGUACUUUUCUUUUUUGAAAGAGUGCUUAAGAUGUUAUUAAAGGCAUAUGGUCAGAAUGAUCAUACCCACUUUUCAAAUGAUGAUUUUGGUCCUUCUCGUGAGAAAACUCAUCAACCUAAAACGUUACCUGCAAUCAAUGGUGUCACGUGUUAUGCAAAUCCAGCUGUCACAGAACCUAACGGACACAUCCAUUUUGAUAAUGUCAGUGUGGUAUCUCUCCAGGAUGGAAAAACAGAGUCGAGUUCAUGUACCUGUUUGAAGGGACCCAAACUGUCAAAAAUAGGGACAAUUGCCUGGAUGGUAACCCUCAGUGACGCCCUCCACAAUUUCAUCGAUGGCCUGGCGAUUGGGGCUUCCUGUACCUUGUCUCUUCUUCAGGGACUCAGUACCUCUAUAGCAAUUCUGUGUGAAGAAUUUCCUCAUGAGUUAGGGGACUUUGUGAUCCUACUCAGUGCAGGAAUGAGCACUCGGCAAGCCUUGUUAUUCAAUUUCCUUUCUGCAUGCUCCUGCUAUGUUGGGCUGGCUUUUGGCAUUUUGGUGGGCAACAAUUUUGCUCCAAAUAUUAUAUUUGCUCUGGCUGGAGGCAUGUUCCUCUAUAUUUCUCUGGCGGAUAUGUUUCCAGAGAUGAACGACAUGCUGAGAGAAAAGGUAACUGGAAGAAAAACCGAUUUUACUUACUUCAUGAUUCAGAAUGCUGGAAUGUUAACUGGAUUCACAGCCAUUCUUCUCAUUACUUUGUAUGCAGGAGAAAUUGAAUUGGAGUAAUAGGAAAUGAAAGAUGCUGUUGUCAAGGAAGGCAUUUAAUAAAUAAAAACAUCUCCAAAGGGAUUUUGAAGCUGAUCCUAUUUAGUUAAAAGAUAAUUAUGUUUUCAACUGUAGGUCAGGAAAACUGAUUAUUGUUUUCAGAUCUGUGAAAUAGGCCAUUAUUUGUUGUUAAAGAUGCUUCAAAGGGGUUUCGGUUCCAGUCUGAAAAGGCAGGUACACGAGAUCUUUGGUCAGUACCCACUUCUUCAUGUUUUAUGCAUUCGACAAUCAUUUAGACAUGAAGAUCCAGAGAGAGAAACACAGGCUAGGUCGUAUAAGCCUUUAAACCUCUGUGGCAGGCUCAAAAGCUCAAGCGGUUUCAGAGUGGUUUUCUUUCAGUUAAUUUGUCCUAGUGCUUUCACAGGCAAGUACAUUAAAAUGUGGAAGAGAAGCAAAAUGCAUGCAACACAGAUCUAAAUGAUUCCAAGGCCUUAAUGAACCCAGGAAAGAAAGAUUGCUCAUAGCUUUUUUUCUGUUUUAUAUCUCAGUUAGGGACUUGUAGGCUCGUUUUAAAAAAUUAUCCUAAAAUAAUAUGAGUUAUGCAAUCAGUAAAGUUUUGUUAGCCCUACUAAGUUCAGACUUUAUCUGACACCUCAUCUCCAAGUGGAAGCUCUCCCUGCUCCCACACAAAUGCAGAAUUGGUUUUUUUAUGGCUCAGGUGUAAUUGCACAGCAACCCAGGGCAGAAAGCGUGGGGCCAGGGACCACUCAGCUACAGCGUAUCAUGUAUUUGCAUCGUGAAGGGAAAGACUAUGUUGGUUUAUAGAAAGAAACUGAAUGUAAGUUUAAGCAAUUUACUUUUAAAAUUCAACAUAACUAUUUAGCAGAGUGUAUUUUAAAUAGAUGCAAAAUAAUAGCUGGACUGCUGUACGUCAAGGACUGAUUAACUAGAAAACCACAUUCCUUCUGGGCGAUUGAGAGCAAUCAUCACAUUCCUCUUCUGUGCUCAGUCCACAUUUUUCCUCUAUGGCAUACCUUGAAAAAAAAUUCCCCACACCGUGGUUAUUUUUGUGCCUUUUGGAGGUGAGAUGGCCUGCUUGCUCAUUUAGCAGAUGGAGAAAGUUGGUCUGCAGUUGAACAUCCUAACCCCAAUUCACACUCCCAAGUCACUUCAGGAAAGAUGACUGACAGUGAGGAAAGUGAUUGAUAAAAGCCAACAAUGAUCUCAGGAAUUAAUAUUUUCCCACAGACCAUGCGAUGGUGUCACCUAGCAAUAAUGCAGAGUAGAUGAAUAUUUAACAUGUAUGUUAAUGUAGAUUUCUCUUUAUAACUGGCAAUUAAAAAAAUGUUUGACCAAAUAGUAAACACCUUUGAAGCCAUGCAUUGUGUCGUUUGUUAUUCAUUUUAAUAUAUAUCUUUUUUUGAGUGACUUCCCUGUACCUGGUGUUACGGGGGAGAGAGAGAAAUAGGAAAUUGGUGAUGUGUUUAUUGCAAAGAUAUUCAGCAAAUAAAUAUGGAAAGAUUAAUCAGUAAA